CGUAUUGAUAUAAUUGUUAAUGUAACAUAUAGAAUAUCAAUAUGUACAAAGUUGUUGCUUUCACUCUGCCCAAUUCCCAUUAAUAAAAUCAGCUGAGCGGCGCGUUUUGCUCAUCUUAUAUCCAGAUUUUUCGCCAGCCACAAUUAUCGUUAUCGCCAAUCGAAAUUGUUAGUUUCGCAAGCCGGCAACAGGAAGACAUUUGCCGCGUUUUAUGCUUAAACUUAAGUUUUAGUUUAUUGUGAGUAGAUAGGCAAGCGAAGCACUAACGCAAAAUGGAUAAUGGACCUGUGCUUGAGGACAUGUGGACGCCGUACAAGCGUCUGUAUGAUAUAUGCCAAAUGGCCAUACGAAACCCGACUGAGGUCACCGGCGAUUUUGAGCUCAGUCUCAAAAAGUACAAACAGAACUUUACAAACUUCCUACGCAAUCCGCCGAAGAGCGAGAAGAGCCGCACACAUUUGCGCAACGCCAUGCUGGAGGGCGUCAUGCUAGCGGGACAAACGCGCAAAGUCGAACUCUCUCAGGAAAUCAUUGAUGAAGCAAUUAUAAUUUCGGAUAUGUUCGAUCUAGAUGAGAUCUUCGCAUUGGAAUUGCUCUGCACCGCCCAGCGCCAGCAAGUGCAUCAUCCGGGCUUGCCGCGCGGCCUUGUUGCCGUAUUGCUCUACUAUGAUGGCCGCAAAGCAAUUACCUGCACGCUGCGCGACAUGUUCCAGGCAAUCAGCGGCGUCUCCUGGAGCACCGAGCUGCCCAGAGAGAUGACCACCUUGAUCAACAACUAUUGCCAGAAUCUCGUCGAAGAUUCCAAUAUACUGGGACGUCUGCUGGAGCUGCUCAUUGAAAUGGAUAUUGAAAAGGAGAUCAAUUUGCUGACCAAGAAUCGCGCCUUCGGCUCGAAGAGACACCAGAAUCAGGUGCUUGCCCUCUAUCAGGAUAUACGCAGAGCCCUGGCCAUGGCUCUCUUCAAUUGGUCCGCUCAACGUGGCCUGCCCAAAAACAUUGCCAUACGUCUGCUGCAACAUUUGGCCAGUACAAAGUCCGCCGAUCCCGAUGGCAACUUGGAGGAUGUGACACUAAUAAUGCUAAUGGCCCUGAUGUAUGCCUAUGAUACGUCCGUAUUGCUGAUAACCGAGUGCAAUAGUCCGCAUACGGCAAAGCUGCCCAUUUUAAGCGAUCCGGACUAUGCCAAGUGUUUCAUUGAUGCAAUCUAUGCCCAGAGCACCUGGCAGACACAAUACUUUGCUGUCCUAAUCAAAUAUAGCUUUGGCCUAACAUUGGCCAGCCUGCGCCAGGCGCCGACCGAAUAUCAGAGCAUUGUGGGCGCCCUGAUCAAUCGCGAUGAGCAGCUGAUUGAUGAGGCCCUCGCGGCGAAUGUCUUCACAUACAUCUAUCAUCAUCUGCUUAACAAGGAUGUGGUCUAUAGCACCGAAUUCAUUUAUCGUCGCCUGCAUCUGCUCAUCACGGACUUCAUAGACUUCAUGCACGCCAAGGUCUCGGAGCUGCGUGGACGCGCCGAUGAGACGGCGCGCACCGUGAUUAGUUUCCAAAACGAAGGCCUCGAACCGCCGCCCAAUUUGGACUGCAGCUUUGAGCUGCUGAUGCUGUGCGUGGCCCGGCUCUAUGGGGAUAAGCGUGUCACGAUUAUCCUAUGCAACGAGUAUUGGGGUCCCACCGACGUCUCCACACCGAAUUCCGGCAACUACGUACAGAAUACCUCACGUGCUGUCUCCCUGUUCAAGUUCAUACGCCUGGCCAGCGAGCUGCUGCCCCAAACGCUCUUCAGAUCGUACCUGAAGAUGAUAGCUGGCCUGACCCGCACCGAAUUUGCGGCACGCUGCGCUUUCAAUCUGCUCAAGAACUCGCAGAAUCUAUCGUCCACCUAUGCCGUUAGCUGGGAUCACUUCUUCUAUGCGCUCAACAAUUAUUUCAACAAUAUGCGCACAGACUAUGAUACCGUAUCACCCGAUAGUGGUUCGAUUUAUCGCAGUGGCAUACCACGAAAUAUGACGCCACGCGAGGCGGAGCACAUGGCCGCCGUGAUGGGCGUUAUGCAGGCCGUUGCGGAUAAGGAUGAGAUCUCGCGCAUAAUGCUCUGCGACAAUGCCAAUUGGCAGACGCCGCAGGUGCUGCUCGGUCUGGUGGCGUGUGCCACGCCCGUUAAUCUCAAGGGUGAAAUACUGUUCACGCUUGCUGCCUUGGCGCGCUCCAAGGAGACGGCACGCAACAUUUGGUUUCACCUGGAGGAGUCACAAAUUAUACCCACAUUACCGACGGUGACCUCGACCUAUCCGGUGUUCAGCUUGGCGGAGGAGAUCAAUCAGAACGAGAGUCGCCUGGAGGAAUACAAAUUGAGCCGUGGCGUACUCCAGCUGCUCUACAAUCUGAUGACCACCAAUAUGCCAAAGAGCUUGGGCUGCGGUCCACGCCAGCCCGGCUAUGAUCCAUAUUUGAAAUUUGUCAUCGACUCGAUACUGCUGAAGUUCUACAAUCGUGCCUACAAGGAUGUCACCGAGAAGUGGGCCGUGGGCGCCAGCUGCCUGAAAUUGCUAUAUUUCCUGCUCGCCAGCUAUCGGCCGAAGGCAUCCGAUUUCUUUGAGGAACGCGACGAGCAUCCAUAUCCCGGCUAUCACGUAAUGCUGCAGCUGCACGUCAAGUCGGAUGUGCUGCGUCUGAUCCUACUGAUCGUUGAGGAGGCACGCGAACGCCUCGACGACUUCAAUCAGUUCAAUGGCAAGGAUCUGCUCGAGGAUUGCGCCCUCUACGCGCUGCUGAUGCUCGAGUGUGCGCUGUCGAAGCAGAAUGCCUUCUUCGAGGCGCACGCCACAUCGAAUAGCUCGAUUUUGUUGCUGGGCCUCAAUCGCAUGCUGCUCGAUCUGAAUCCGCGCACUCGCAAUCCCGACUACGUCCUCAAUAUCAUCAAGUUCGUCAGCUUCAACAGUUGGCUGCCGCGCCACACCCUGGCCGCAAUCAAGAUCCUCAGUGCCGUCAGCCUGCUGCCCGACGUGACUACCCAGAUCCUGAACAUGUAUGCGCAUGGCACCAAUGAGAAGCUAGAGAUACGCCAGCGAUUUGUCGAAUGCCUCGAGAUGCAUCGCAUCCAGCAGACUUACGAUGAUGAGCAAGAGCAAUUCAAGACCAACGAUCCCUAUAAAUAUGCAAACAAUGCGAGUCUAAAUGACAGCGAAUUGCAGGUGGAUCUGGAUGCGCUCGAUAUAAGGAAGCCGGCGCGCAUCGAACUGCAGAUUAAGGAGGCGAUCAUCCAUCUAUUCGAGGUCAAUCUCAGCCAGCCAAUGCCCAAUUUCAUAUACUUUCUGCUUGGCAUCGAAGUCCUACGCGACUUCCCGGGCAAUGAGAAUCAGCAGCAACUGGGCCUGGACGUGAAUUGCUCAUGCAUCAAUUCAAUGGUGCUGCUGCUGGAGCGUCAUCUAGAGCAACAGCGACAGAGCGACGAGUAUUGCGAGCAUACGGCUCACAUUGUGGAACGCAUUUAUCAUCUAUUCCAUGGCCUGUGCGCCAACCGCCGUACAUCGGAGCCAAUUCUACGCUACUUCCGUCUGACCUGCAAUGACUUUCUGCUGCGCCAUCUGACUGCGAUGCCCUUCCGUCAUUUCAACGAGGACAAUGUGCUGCACGCCAUGAGCCACAUCAUGAAUUGCGUCUCCAUCGAGAUGAAGCUGGCCGCCACCUACGGCCAGACGACACGCUAUGCUCUGUUGUCCGACAUACUGCUGGCUGUCAAUUCAGAGACGCAGCGCAAUGGGCACAACAUGCCCGUGGAGAUUGGCAACAAUUUGUUGACGCCGCCGGUGCCCAAUCACUUCAGUGAUAUUCUGCCCAGUCGUGUGAUGUUGCACACGUCAUCGUUGGGUCUGCACGCGAACCGUUUGUUCGACUGCCUCAAGCUGGAGACACAAACGCUGGUCCAGCCCAAGCUGGAGUUCUUCGAUGAACGCCUGCUGGGCAACUUGCUCACCGAUUGCGAGGCGGGCAGGGGCAGCAGCGCAAAUGCGGCCGGCAUGAUCAAUAUACACAAGCUGCACGACAUUCUGCACGACGAACUGCGUCACGUGCAGAGCACCAUUGCGAGCGGUCAGCGCAAGGCGAUCAUUGAGGAGAUCACCGUCAUCCUUCAAUACGCUAUCAAAUUGAAUGGCGUGCGCAUGCAGAGAUUCGCCACCUACAGCUAUAUGAGUGGCUGGUGCAAUCUAAUCCAAGUGCUCUUCAGCCUGAUGCCCAACACGGUGCUGCCGAUAAGUCUGCGGAAGCAGCACAUCAUCGACAUCAUUGAGAAGAUAAUGCUGAAGGUAGAGCCGCAACAGCCGCUGAUCAAGAUCUCUGUGCAGGUGACCGAUACGAUUUUGUUGCUGUCGGCUAACCUGAGGCAUUGCUACCAUCAGCUGGAGGAUCAACGCACCAUAGACGAGCAUGGCAAUGUUGUCAAUCUGACGGACGUCUCUGCUGCUGUCGAUGCCAACGGCAAUGGCAACAACAACCAGAGCGUCGGCAACAACAAUCUAACGCUAUGCCACGUCCAGGGCAAUCUGCUAAGCAGCAACAGCUGCAGCAACAGCAACCUGCGUUUCAUACUGAAGCGCCUCAUCGACUGGAUCAUGACCUGUGAGGUGAAGUCGCAAAAGCUGAGCAUCAACCUCUAUGCCACGCUGCUCAACUGUCUGCGCAUUGUGAAGCGCGUGCGCAGCGAGGCGCAAGUGGAAUACGAUGAAACGUUUUUGGACUGCAAGGAGAACCCCGAUAACUUGGAGGACGAUGAGCCCUAUCGGAAGGAAUUGGCAGCUGAGAUCAUAAGCAGCAUGGGCGAAAAACUGAUCGAUACGAUAUGCCAUGAUGCCAUUACGGGUCAUGAUGUUUGCAGUAUGCUGGCCUUAUCCUGCCUGGAUCUGAUAUCGGAGCUGCGCGCUUUUAGCACGCUGAGCGAAACAAUUGCCAGACGCGGCUAUUUGAAGCACUUGCUCAGCAGCCUGGCCAAGUCGGACGAGAGUCUGCAUGAUGUGUUGAAACCCGAGCCAGACAACAUGCGGCCUCUGUUCGUCUACGAGUCGUGCAUGGCAUUCCUAACCCAAACGGCCGAAACAUAUUUGGGCGCCACCCUGCUGCUGAACGAUGGAGCCUUGGGCGUGCUGGCCAAUAUGACCGUCUUUGAUAUGCAGCCGGAUCUUCAGUCGACCGAAAUAGAACGCUCUUCGCCGGGCAAUUUUAUACCGGCGGUGGAUGAACGAUUCCGUUCCAUACUGAUGCCGGCGUUGACAUUAUGCGACAGCAUCAUCGACACGCUGGGCAUUAGCAACAAUUCCGCCUCGCUGCAAGUGCUCAAUUUCCUGUUCGCUCACAUUGAGAUGAUUGAGGGCUUGCUGCGCGCCGCAUCGCCAUUCAUGCAAUUGGGCAAUCUCAAGCUUCUGGCAACGAUCACAAAUCUAUUCGCACGCACCACAACCUACGAUGUGUCGGCGAUUGAGAAGUGCUUAAAAAUCCAUCACGAUGUCGAGAUGAACAAUCGCCUCAACCGGCUGCAGCAGUUGAUGAUUGUGGUCUUUGGUCGCUUCACGAUCAAUGAGGAGACUAUGGAUCGCAUGGUCGAGCCGGAGCACAACGAUGAGCCCGAAAUGUCCGAGGAGCAAAAGAGUCAGCAUAUUAAAUACUUCCUAGACAUCACAGCGAAUCUAUCCUUAUUUUGCCGACACGCUGUCACAAGUCAUGUGCGCGACGGCAUCACAUCCAAAUACUUGAUAACCACCAUGAUAAGUGAUGUGACACCACUCUCGGGCAAAUCGGAUUGCAAGAAGCUGACAGCUGUGAUGCAGACCAUAAUGAAUCAGCUGAAGGGCUCGAUUGCCUAUUUCCUGUCACAGAAGUCAAUCGCUGACAAUUUGGUGCAACAGCGCGCCUCACUGCCCAACAUAACAUUUGGUCCGACUGGCAAACAAAACUACUUGGAACUGAGUCAACGUCACUCGGAGAAGAGCAACGAACUAAUGUUAGCUGUUUUCAUAGCUGAACAAAAUUUAUAUUUACUUUGGAUACAUUUGGAUUUCUAUUUCCGCAAUGCAGUCAUCUAUUCGCGCGAAAAUCGUACAUCCAUCAACGAAACCUGUCUAGAUCCCAAUAAUAUGUCCGUGCUGAAUGCCUCGCACGAUGAGAUAGCUGAGCUGAAGCAAAUGCUGAUAUACAAUUUGAAUGAAACAUUUUGUACACAAUUAAUUACCGCCAGCGAAGAGUAUUCAAUGAAAUGUAAAAACUUUAAUACCGCUCUACUGCGUCGUAUUAAGUCGCUCGUUCAAUUCGCACCGGUCGCCUGAUUACUGUCAAUAUGUUUCUUGUUUUCCAUAUUAUCUUAAUAAAAUCAUCGUCAUUAUCUAAA